AUGGCUCCUCUCAAAGUAACGUUCCUAGGGCCCGCGGCAUCGUUUUCACACCAGGCCGCCGUUGAGACAUUUGGGAGCUCCGUUGAGCUUAUACCUUGUCUAUCGUUUGCGGAUGCUAUCGCUGCCGUUCAGAAUGGAGGGGCGGACUAUGCUAUCGUUCCUUUUGAAAAUUCAACGAACGGAUCGGUCGUUCAAACACUGGAUCUCCUCGUGGAUCGCAAUGACGAUUACAGCGACGUGAAAGUGUGCAGCGAAUAUUAUCUUACAGUACACCACUGUCUUUUGGCUCGAAAGGGCCUCUUUCCUGCAGGGCAACGCGACUACAGUUCUAUCACUAAGCUCUAUACACAUCCGCAGGCAUGGGGUCAAUGCGAGAAAUUUUUAGCAGAACACUUCAGAGGCGUGGAAAGGCAAGAUGUAUCGUCGACAUCAAAGGCUGGCGAGACUGUGUUGGAUACAACAGCCGAGGUCAACGCCGCCAUAGCCAGUGGCUUUGCGGGGCAACAUUACGGUCUGGAUAUUUUGGAGGAAAAUAUCGAGGACGCAGCCAGUAACACCACUCGUUUCUUAGUGCUGAGGAAUGUGAAGUCAAACUAUCAAACUCACUUUAAUCCUGAAUCUGACGGACAGUCUAUUGCCCAGAAACAACCUUUGGCUGUCCCCAAAACGGAGAAAACGUUGAUUUCAUUCAUGGUUCCCCAGAACACCCUUGGGACAUUGGCAGAUGCACUGCUGAUCUUCAAGGACUAUGGGAUGAAUCUUACGAGCAUAAGUACGCGACCAAGCCAAUUACAAGCCUGGAAAUAUGUGUUCCUGGUAGAAAGUGAGACCGAUCAGAACAAGGAAGUUGUACCUGAAAUCAUGAAUAGCCUGAGGAAGGCCACUGAGAAUUGCAAGCACCUGGGGACAUGGGCGAAUCGGCUUGUGACUACCUGA